UUUUUUUUUCUCGGAAAUCGCGGUGUUGCAUUCGAAUGUAAAUCUCAAUUUACAUGAUCUUUCUGCGUUGGUUUUGUUUCAAAAAUGUCUAAAGGCAAAAAAGUAACACAAGAAGAAAAACGAAAUCGUUUGUUAGAAUUUUUUCAUGAAAAAAAAAAUGCUUUCGUUCUGAAAGAGGUAGAAAAAAUUGCCUCGAAAGAAAAAGGAAUUCCCGCACAAACAAUUAAAGAUAUAUUGAAUUCAUUAGUCGAUGAUGAUCUUGUCGAUACGGACAAAAUUGGUACAUCAACCUAUUUUUGGUCAUUCCCAGGUAAAACAUAUCAAAAGAAAUUAACCGAGUGUAACAAACUGGAACAAUUGAUCAUUGAUCUACAGGAACAAUCAAAAAAAUUGGAUGAUGAAUUGUCGACAUUUAUUAGCCACACCAAUAAUAACGAUGAUGAUAAUAACCAACAACAACAAGUGAAUGAAAAUAAACUUCGUGCUGAACUACAAGAAAAUAUAAUGAAAUUAGAGCAAGAAAAACAACAAUUACAAAUGGAAUUGGCCAAAUUCCAGAAUUAUGAUCCAGCUAGUGUUGAACAAUUGGAAAAUGAAUGCUGCACAGCACGAACAGCUAUUGAACGUUGGACGGAUAAUAUAUUUCAGUUACGUACUUGGUCAAAAAAUCGUUUUCAAAUCGAUUUAUCCGAUGUUGAUAAAGGAUUCGGUAUACCGAAUAAUUUCGAUUAUUAUAAUGAUGAAUGAAUGAAUGAAUGAAUUGAUUUGAAUCAGCUAAAAAUAGAAUCCAUAAAUACUUAAAUCAAGCCAUCAAAAUCAUAAUUUUUUUGAACAAAAAAAAAAGAUUUAUUGUUCCGUCAAUUCAUCAUAUAUAGAGAUUAUAUAAUAACCGGAUCUCUUUUUUCAAGAAAAAAAGUGUCAUGUAAAUACACUUGUUGUGUGGUCUACAUUAUCAUCAUCAUAAUCAUAAUAAUGUUACAAUAUCCUGGUCUGGAA